AUUUUCUAUUGUUUGUGGAUCAAGAAAGGGUUAUCUAACCGGAUAUAUUGGCAAGGUCCAUUUUACUUGUGUUGUAUACAGAUAAGCCUAUAAAAUAGCCUUGUUUUUCUGUAAAUGUUUUUUCGACCUUUGAUCUCUUGGACCUAGAUAAGUGUUAGAAAAUCCAAGUAAAAUGAUAAUAUUUUCAGUUUAAAUGUGCGCAUCAACAUGAAGAGUUGCACCAUUUUUGUAAUUUUACUUUUUUUUCAUAAUGAAGCAUUGUAUACUAUUCGCUACACAAAUGCAGCGACUAGACCAUCACUUACUGAGGAGCAUUUGAACUGGAAUGCAUUCAAUGGAAAUGCUAAUACUGGAGUAAAAAAUGGAGGUCUCAGAGAAAACAAUAAAUUUGAAACCAAACCUAUUGCUUCUUCAAUUUAUAAACAACAGAUACAAAGUCCCCAAGACAUAAACAAUGAGAAUAAUGCAGUUAUAUCAUCAGAUGGAAAAAAUUGUCCUUCUAAAACAACUGGCUUAUUCCCUAUUCAAUCAGAUUGUCAAAAAUUUUUAAAUUGCUUUAAAGGCCGUGGUUAUGUCCAGUCAUGUGGACCAGGAACUUUAUUCAACCCCAACAGUUUAGAAUGUGAUUUCCCUGCUAAAGUGCAAUGUCUUGAUGGAAAUCCAUCAAAGAUUGAUUCAUCAUUCAUAAAUAGAAAUCCUAGUCAGAAUUUUGAUUUAAACGCCGAGACUUCUAAUCAAAACCAAUUAUUUAUUAGCAACACCAAUGAGUACCAACCUCAAUCAACUAAUCAAUAUCAACCUUCAUUAAAUAAUAAAUAUCAACCCCAAUCAACUAAUCAAUAUCAACCUCAUUCAACUAAUCAAUAUCAACCUCAUUCAACUAGUCAAUAUCAGCCUCAAUCGACUAAUCAAUAUCAGCCUCAGUUGACUAAUCAAUAUCAGCCUCAAUCGACUAAUCAAUAUCAGCCUCAAUCGGCUAAUCAAUAUCAGCCUCAAUCGACUAAUCCAUUAGUUGGAACACAAUUCAUCGUUGAAGGUCAAAAUGUUAACACAGAUACUUCACAACACUUUGGUUCAGCUGUGACCACAGAUUAUGGGUUACAAACUGGAGAGUCUAAGCCACUUUAUGGAUCUAGUUUUGUAGUCAAUGGAUAUACUCAGCAAAAUACUGAAAUACAGUCGCAGCAGUUAUAUCCAAAUGAACAAAAUAUACUUGGAAAACAAGAAUUUGUAACAAAACUUCCUCCAAGAUCAGAACCGGCUGUUAGAAACACAAAUUAUCCAGGACAAAUUCAACAGCAAUCUCCUAAUAGGCAAUAUUAUUUUCAAAAUCCACCAAAAUUUGAGCCAGUUAAUAGAAAUCCCAAUUAUCAAGAACCUAUUCAACAAAAUUUUAAUAAAAAUCCAUCAAGGACCAAUCCCAAUGAAUAUAUGAAUCCAGAACAAGAAACUAUACCAUUAUCAAAUGGUCAGUCAAUUGUUGAAGGCCAUCAAUUUUUACCAGAACAAAAUAACUAUGAGAUACCCAAUAAUUAUGGUAAUGUUCAAGAAACCCAAAAUACUUAUUUAUCUGAACAAGAACAAAUUAAUCAACAAAAAAAUAAGAUACGAUUCCCAUCCCCUUAUCAACCUCCUUAUUCUCAAAAUGGUUAUAAUGGAAAUCAAAAACCAAUUUCAUCAAAUCCUUCUAAUGUUAAUCCAAAUUCUUGGAUUCGAGGACAACUUAAAGUGAAACAAGGUUCUAGUCUAAGUUCUUAUCCUAAUACAAAUGAAGAAUCAGAAUAUGAAGAAUUUCAAACACCUAAUAAUCAAUUCAAUAAACCAGCAACGACUUUUGAUCUAAAUAAUAAACAACAAAUAGAACAUAAUAAACCAAUUAGUUUUCCAAAUAAUUAUGAUUCAUCAAGUUAUGCAAGUCAAACCAACAUAAAUUAUGGGCAACAAUCUUCUAUACCAAAUGGUCAAGAUUAUAACUCAAAAUCUUCACCUGAUUAUUUAGCUCACCCUAAAGUUAAUGAACCUGGACAACAAAAAUAUUUGAAUCCAACACCACAAGAUAGACAAACUAAUGGAGACUCAAGAACAAAUAAACAAUUUAAAAUAGUUGUUUCAAAUAUUUCCAAGCCUAUUGAUAAUAUAGAACAGUCAAAACUAAACACAGAAUUGAUUUUUACCAGAGAUUCUUCUGGUAAAAAAAUACCAAUUAAUUACAAUAGUUUACAAUACCCGAAACAAAAAGAAAAUUCUGGUAAAAUUCAAAAUCCUAGCUAUAUAGAUAAUAUUCAAUCUCCUUCACAAGAAUCUCCAAUAUACCCAUCAGCUACCAAUUCUAAAUGUCCAAAUGGCUUUAAUGGUAUUAAACCACAUCCUACAGAAUGUUCCAAAUUUCUGAGUUGUGCAAAUGGUAGAACAUUUGAAAUGGAUUGUGGUCCUGGAACAUUAUUUAACCCAGCUAUAUCUGUCUGUGAUCACCCAUUUAAUGUACAAUGCAAUCAAUAUGUAAGCACUACAUCAGCUACAGUAGAAUAUGAUGAUAUUAUGUAUACUACACCACUACAGAUACAAGAGGAUUAUACUCCACUUAUUGAUGCAAGACGAGAGUUUGAUCAAGAAACUAGUAAUAGUGAUCUAGUUACUGAAACUGAACCUUUAGAAAAUCAUAAUCAAGCAGUGUUAGAAACUUUGCCAAUUGAAAAUAAACAGUCGAAAAUCUUAAGGAACCCUACAUCUAUUGAUUUAUCAGAUAACUUUUUACAAAACUCUUCUAUAAUCUAUACACCUCCUAAAAUUAUAAGCAACAACAUAGCAGUGAGAAUUGAUUUGAAACCAAAUAGUACUCAGACAAUACGGUUACGUGGUGGUCCAAAAAGUUCUGAAGGAUUUUUACAAAUCCAAGAAAAGCCUUUUAAAUGGGGUGUAGUUUGUGAUGAACUCAACUCGUGGACAAUCGAUAAAGCAGAUAUUGUUUGUAAACAACUUGGAUUUAAGAGAGGAGCAGAACAGACAUGGCAAGGUUUAACUGUGACUACUGAUAAUCCUACUAAAUUAUUAAGAAAUAUAGGUGUUACCAAAGUAACAUGUAAUGGCCAAGAAAGUGCAUUUCAUAAUUGUAAACUCCAAAAUGAUAAAACUUGUAAUGUUGAAAGAGAUGCUGUCUGGGUAAAAUGUCGAUCGAAUUCUGGCUCUGAAUGUCAACCAGAAGAGGUGUCGUAUGAUGGAAAAUGUUAUAAAUUAUUUAUUCCUGUACCUGAAAAAGAAAGUAAAGCUCAAGACAUUGGCUAUAGUAAAGCUGAAGCAUUGGAACACUGUCUUAAACGAGGAGGAAAACUUUUAGAUAUUAGCUCACAAAAAGAAAAUGAUUUCAUAUCUGAAUGGUUGUCUAGACAGAAAACAGAAAGUCCUAUUCUGACAUCAGGAGUUGGUGUAUCAUUAUUAGGAAGUCCUAUAUGGAUUUGGGAAGGCACUGAAAAUCCAUUUGUGUACCAAAAUUGGUGGCCAGGUUGGGAAUUCAAAAAAGUUCUUUCGCCCAAUAUAAAAACAAACCGUGCACUAUGUAUUGUAUUACAAAAAUCAUUCCCUUGUCCUUCAAAUCCAAACAGCACAAAAUUAUGUGACUCUGAAUACUAUUAUUGGGAAGCCAUCGAUUGUGGAACAAAGACUGAUAGACUGCCUUAUGUUUGUGAACGAGAUGUUGAUGACAUUGGUUGUGUGAAUGGGGCCGGUUCAGAUUACAUUGGUUCUGCAAACACGACUUCCUCUGGUAAUGCCUGUUUAUUCUGGGAAGAUCAGCAAGUUUUAGUGGCUAUGAAGUACAGAGUAUCAGAAAAAACUCGAAGAUCACAAUUAAUCAAACAUAACAAAUGUAGAAACCCUGAUGGUACUGAUUUACUGCCAUGGUGUUAUGUACAAACAUCAAAUGGAAUAGUGCGAAGUGAAUUUUGUGAUAUACCUGUUUGUAAUGCUGCCACUAAAUCACCAAAAGUUAGUCGAAUGAUUGAAGAACCAAAAUGUGAUGCAGGAUUUUUUGAAUGUCAACCCAAUGAAUGUAUAACUCAAGCCUGGGUUUGUGAUAAUCAAGCAGACUGUAGUAACGGUAUGGAUGAAAAAAAUUGUUCUAAUGUUAUGGACAAUUUUAUUAAAACUCCAGAAGCUCGAUUAACAAAUCAUGAAGCUGAAAAAUGGCUUCACACUACUGUUAACACUUGUGCUAACCGUUGCAUGCAAGCAGAUGGUUUUGUUUGUCAAUCAUUUUCUCAUAAUAAAAACGAUCAAACUUGUAUAUUAAACGAAAGAACAAAAGGUGAUACUUCAACAAUUUUAGAAUCUGAUAAAGAUUGGGAUUAUUAUGAAACCGAUAAAGCUCUUUGUAUAGGAAAAUUUAUUUGUGAAAAUGGAAAUUGUGUUGAUAAAUCAAAAGAAUGUGAUGGACAUAAUGAUUGUGGAGAUCGUAGCGAUGAAACUAAAUGUACUAAAGAUAUGAUGGGAUAUGAGAUUAGACUGAUGGGUGGAAAUACCACUAAUGAAGGACGUGUUGAAGUCAAAAUCUUAGGUGAAUGGGGAGUUAUAUGUGAUGAUAAAUUUGAUUUACGAGAAGCUAAUGUCAUCUGUCGAGAACUUGGUUUUCUAAAUUCUAUUGCUGUAAAACCAAAUUCCUUCUACGGAGUGCCUAACAAAACAAGAUUUGUAUUGGAUGAUCUAGAUUGUAACGGAACUGAAAAUUCAUUAUACUCUUGUAAAUUUAAAGAGUGGGGAGUUCAUGAUUGCAAUGCUCAAGAGUCAGCUGGUGUGGUGUGUAGAGUUGCUGGUGGGAAAGCUUGUUCAAACGAUGAAUUUGAGUGUAAUUCUGGAGAAUGUGUUCCAGUACGUUUCUUAUGUGAUUCAUAUACAGAUUGUGCUGACGGUUCGGACGAAACUCCAGAACGUUGUAAUUCGCCUUUAGAGAUACGUUUAGUCGGUGGUAACGAACGUCGAGCAGGUAUGGAAGGCAGGGUCGAAGUACGUCAGUUUGGUGUAUGGGGAACUGUGUGUGAUGAUGAUUUUGGUACCAACGAAGCAUUGGUCAUUUGUAACGGUCUAGGUUUUAAGGGAACAGCAGAAUUUAAAAAAGAAGCAGCUUUUGGUCCCGGAAAUGGAUUGAUCUGGUUAGAUCAAUUGCGGUGCGUGGGCAACGAAACAUCUUUGGAACAUUGUUUACAUGAGAAAUGGGGACAACACAAUUGUAAACACACCGAAGACGUGUCUGUUAUUUGCCAUUCGGAUUCUAAAAAAACAAACGACACACAGGAAACGACAACGAAAAGUGCAUUGCCCAAAAAAAAGAAUUUGAAAGAACUGCUGUCCAAUCAGUGUGGAAGACGGUUAGUGACAGUGCCAAAGUCUAUGAAUAUGGUACAACAGAGAAUCGCGUCAGGAUUCGUGACCGAAAGAGGGGAUCAUCCUUGGCAGGCUAGUAUUAGAUCGAGGACACCGGCCGGUCAAACGGAACACGUUUGCGGAGCGGUAAUUAUUUCCAAGUACCACGUAUUGACAGCGGCACAUUGUGUACGUGAUUUGGAUAAAGACUUCUAUUACGUUAGAAUUGGUGACUACAACAUGGGAACGCUCGAAGACUCUGAACAAGAUAUUUACAUUGAUGAAAUUUACAUUCACGAAAAUUUCGAGGUAAGCGUUAAAUUGAACAACGAUAUAGCCGUAAUCAAAUUGAAAACUACCGGCACGGGUAUCAAAUUCAAUCAAUACGUGCAGCCAAUAUGUUUACCAACAGAAAUUAUCAAAUUAAAUUCUAAUAUGAACUGUACCAUCACCGGAUGGGGAUCAGACGGUUCCAUCAGUUCAAGUUUCGCUAACACCUUGCGAUCAGCAUCUGUGCCAAUAAUAGACAUGAAAAUAUGUAAAGCUGCUUAUGUCUACGGAAAAACGACAAUUAGCAACGGAAUGUUUUGUGCGGGAAACCUAGACGGCGGAGCUGAUGCCUGUCAAGGCGAUUCUGGCGGCCCUAUGGUCUGCUCUACAGAAUUAGGUGAAACUGUUAUGGGUAUAACAAGUUGGGGUUAUGGCUGUGGACGAGCCAAUAAGCCAGGAGUAUAUACCAAUGUUCUAUAUUAUGAAGAAUGGCUGUCAAAAACAUUAUUGAAAUAAGUUAGAGCUUCUAAUACUGAAAAUGAAAUAAAAUAAUAAUAAAUAUUAAUCUUAUUGCCAUAAUACAUAGAUACCUUAGGACUUUGGCCUACAUUAUAAUUAUUAAUAUUAAAUAUCCUAUAAUAUACCUAAAUUAUGUUGUAAAAUAG